AUGGCUCCUCAGUCGCUGAAGAAGAACUAUCGUUGCUCUCGAUCUCUAAAGCAGUUCUACAGCGGUGGUCCUUUCGUCGUCUCCUCUGACGGUUCUUUCAUCGUCUGCGCAUGUGGCGACGCGAUUAACAUCGUCGACGCGUCGGACUCGUCGGUGAAAUCGACAAUCGAAGGCGAGUCGGACUCGCUCACUGCUCUGGCUCUUAGCCCUGACGAUAAGCUACUCUUCUCCGGUGGACAUAGUAGACAGAUUCGAGUUUGGGAUUUGGAGACGUUGAAAUGCAUUCGCACUUGGAAGGUAAAAAUCUGUGUUUAAAAUGGCGCAUGGCGCACCAAGGCGAGACGUGCCGAGCCUUGCGCCUCGCGCCAUGGCGCAAUAUGGCGCUCGCCUUGAAGAAAAUUUUAGUUACGUCAUUUUAGUUACGUCUUGUUUUGUUUUGUAUUGGAGAAGAAACUUAGAGAACACUUAUGCAAUGAUUGAUAUACUAAAUUUAAAUAAGAUGCAAGCUUUAUUAUA